GACUUCUUACCCCUUUCAGUUAUAUUCGAAACCUGGUUCUCGGUCACAUGGGGUGGAAACUCGGCUUUUAGGGGCAUUCCGCCCCCGCACCGCACCCAAAGAUCUACUAUAUCCGGUCACGGUGACUGGCAGAACACCCCCAGACCCACUACAACUUCAACAAGUACGCAUCGAACCAUGCUCCGCAGCCUCGGCCCCUCUUCGACCGCGCCCCAUGGCUCUGAACGCACUCCGAUCUUUGCUUUCUCCAGCAUUCUGCACAGACACUACUGUGGGGAAAUGAGCUGAGCUGGCUGUAUAUCUGUGCUUUCUCCACAACUUAUUUCAAUUUCGUUUAAUUAGAUGACUGCCACUGGGAUUCCUUGAUAUCAUAUUCAAGAGGUGGCGACUUAUCAUCAUCAUGUCUGACCAAGCAAUGUCCGAUUACACCAACUACGUACCGCUGGAGGUACCUAUUCCCCAAGCUCCAGAUACCUCAUUCUGGUCCGAGCUACAAUGGAAGACCCUAUUUGCGCUUUGUGACGCGCUCGUGCCAUCCAUUCGGACAGCGCCUCAGUCUCCAAACGACAAAGUGAUCUCGAAUGCCGAAUAUGAUGCGGCAGUCAACAAGCUCACAUCCCUGAUUCCGGGUCCAGAUGCGAAGCAACUCGCGAUUCAAUACCUGGAGGAAGAUCUGUCUUCAAACCCUGUGUUCCGUGCUAUUGUGGAGCGCACUGUGGGUAACACCCACAAUGAAGGCCGGAAUGGCCUUGGGUUUAUUUUGAAUGCGCUCAAUACCCGAGCUGGAUCACUCAUCAUGACUGGCUCCACGACUCCCAUCCAUCAGCAACCUGUUGCUUUCCGGGAGAAAGUGUUCCUAGGCUGGAAGUCUUCUCGAUUGUCACCUCUACGUGGUGUUCACCGAGGGUUGACUCUAAUCGUGAAAAAGUCAUGGGUGUUGGCCAGUCCAACCGUAGAGAAAGUUCUCGGCUAUCCGCGUGUGCCCACCCAUGGCAAACCUGCCGAUGGAUUCCCUUAUGAAUUCUUGCAGAUCCCGCCUGGUGACGGUCCCGAGACAAUUGAAACCGAUGUCGUCAUUGUAGGUAGCGGUUGUGGUGGAGCAGUUGCUGCGAAGAAUCUCGCCGAGGCUGGGCUUCGAGUGCUUGUGGUGGAAAAGUCCUAUUCGUACAAAAGUAACACUUUCCCCAUGUCACAAAAUGAAGCCUAUGUGAACAUGUUCGAGGCCUCAGGCGCUAUUGUGACUGAGGACGGCUCAACAAUCGUUCUUGCGGGCUCGACAUGGGGUGGCGGUGGCACCGUAAAUUGGUCUGCCGCCCUGCAGACUCAAGGCUAUGUUCGUCAGGAAUGGGCGAAUGGAGGCCUACCACUCUUCACGUCUUGGGAUUUCCAGAGAAGCCUUGAUCGUGUUUGCGACCGGAUGGGUGUCAAUACCGAGCAUGUUCGCCAUAAUCGUCAAAAUAGUGUGAUUCUGGAGGGCGCCCGCAAACUGGGCUAUGCUGCUAAGACGGUUCCUCAGAACACCGGCAAUGCAGAGCACUACUGCGGAACCUGCACUUUGGGCUGUGCAUCUUCCAUUAAGAAGGGUCCCAUUGAAACCUUCCUUGCAGAUGCCGCAAGGGCAGGCGCGACCUUUAUGGAGGGGUUCCACGCGGAAAAAGUCCUGUUUGAUAAGAAGAGCGGAAAGGUGGCCAUUGGUGUGGAGGGAACCUGGACAUCGCGAGAUCAGUACCUUGGCCUCGGUGGCGUUGGCGCCACCAAGAGAAAGGUCAUCAUCAAGGCCAAGAAGGUUAUCGUUUCAUCUGGCACAUUGCAUAGCCCUCUUCUGCUCCUUCGAAGUGGUCUUAAGAACUCUCAGAUUGGUCGAAACCUCCAUUUGCACCCGGUGUUGGGUGCCAUCGCUACCUUUGAUGAGGAUACCCAUCCCUGGGUAGGCUCAGCCUUGACAACGGUGGUUAAUGAAUUCGAAGAUCUAGAUGGGCACGGCCAUGGAGUCAAGAUUGAAUCCGCCGCAAUGGUUCCAUCCAUCUUUGUUCCCAUCUUCCCCUGGAAAGAAGCACUGGAUUAUAAGAUGUCUGUGGCCAAGACGCGUCGGAGCACAAGCUUCAUCACCCUGACCAAAGAUCGAGAUGGCGGGCGUGUAUACCCAGAUCCAAAUGAUGGACGUGUCCGAAUCGACUACCAGGUCUCCAGCUUCGACCGAAGGCAUAUUGUGGAGGGCUUGAUUGCGGCCGCCAAGAUCGCUUAUAUCUCAGGAGCGAAGGAGUUCAUCACCACCUACAGUGAUAUUGAGCCUUUUGUACGACCGGAUUCCUCUGAUCCAGAUUCUCCUGAGGGAGUAAACGACGUUGCCCUGCAGAACUGGAUUGCCGAGCUGCGCCGGAAAUCACCCUUGGAGGCAGAGAAGGCCGUGUUUGCCAGUGCUCAUCAGAUGGGUACCUGUCGAAUGGGCAAGUCCCCCAAGACAAGUGUUGUGGACUCGGAUUGCCAGGUCUGGGGUACUGAUGGCUUGUAUGUUGUGGAUGCUUCCGUGUUCCCCAGUGCCAGUGGUGUGAACCCCAUGGUCACCAAUAUGGCUAUCGCCGACUGGGCCAGCUCAAAGCUUGCGAAGGAGAUGAACCAACUUGGAAAGACUCGGAUGGCACGUCUUUAG